AUGAUAAUCAUAAUUUAUAAAAAUUUUGUAAAUGAUUUUAUAAUGAUUUAUAAAGUUUGUUAUUCUUAUGAACAAGAAAAGAGAAUGUAUUUUAUAGAAAUGAACGCUAUUAUUAUAGAAAGCAAAUCUGUUAAUUGGUUUAUAAAGACAAAUCCAUUAAAAUUGCCUAAUUAUAUAAAAAGAGUGGCUAAAUAUGAUGAUAAUCACGUAAUUUGUUUGACUAAAGAUUUUAGUGAUAUUAAAAUAAAACUCCCCGCUUUUAAACCUCUAACAAAUGAACAUCUUUUAAAAAUAAGAAAUGAAAAUUUAAAGUAUAAUUUAUUGAGAAAUAUUCCAACAUAUUUUGAGGAUACAAUAAUAAUUGACAAGGUUUUUGAGGAUAUAAAAAAUAACAACUUUUUAUGUUGUGGUUACUGUAUAAUAACAGAUACUUCAUAUAAUAUUAUUUGUACAGAGUAUGAUGAUGAAGAUUUUUUAUUUGGUCAUUCAAUAUUAAAGUGUGUUAGUUAUGUUUCUAGUAAAAAAUUGAAUUAUGAAAAGAAUUAUUUAUGUACUGGUUUAUAUUGUUUUUUAUAUAAUGAACCUUGUACAUCAUGCGCUAUGGCACUUGUUCAUGGACGUAUAAAAACAGUUUUUAUAGUAAAUCAGUCUGGUGUUUAUAAAACUUUUUCCAAAUUUAAGUUUAAUUUUAAUAAAAACUUAAAUCAUAGGUUCAAAGUAUAUUUUAAUAAACAAAUUGAUUGUUAA